GGGCUUCUAGCAUUGACAUCAACAGCACUGGAAUGGCAUUGGAUUCCUACAAAGAGAGCCAGCUCCUCUUCAUCACUCUUUUUGUCUCUCUACAUGAUUUCACUAGGUCAAGGUGCAUAUAACCCUUCCUUACAAGCCUUUGGAGCAGAUCAACUUGAAAAUGAAGAGGAACUGCCUUGCUGCAAGAGUUACCAGAAUUCUGACAAGAAGUCUUUGUUCUUCCACUGGUGGUAUUUUGGUAUAUGUAGUGGCUGCCUUCUAGGGAUCUCGUUCACGUCAUAUAUCCAAGACACAAUAGGAUAG